UACUAGCAAUGGACUCUAAAUUUGCCUUCUCAUGUCUUCUGUUCUCCUUCCUCGUGUCCCUGCAUUCUGUCAUGUGUCAAACGAGCGGUAUUGUUAAUGUGGGCGAAUCCCUCACUGCCAUGGGUCAGAAUCCUCCAUGGCUUUCUCCUUCCAAUGAUUUUGCGUUUGGAUUCCGCCAAAUAAGCGAGAAUGAUGAUUUCUUCUUGCUUGCCAUAUGGUAUUAUAAAAUUCCUGACAGAACCGUAGUUUGGUAUGCUAACGGAGGAAAUCCUGCACCGAGAGGAUCAAAGGUUGAGCUAACUGCAGACCGUGGGCUAGUGCUUAAAGAUCCUCGAGACUCAGAGAUAUGGAGAUCAGAUUUCAGCAUAGGCACAGUCACCCAUGGUAUAAUGAAUGAUACAGGCAACUUUGUGCUUUUCAAUGUAAGCUCUGGAUCUCAAGCGGUAUGGCAGAGCUUUAGCUAUCCUACUGACACUUUGUUGCCUACUCAGACAAUGGAGAUAGAAGGGAUGCUUUCUUCUAGGAAAUCAGAAACCAACUUCUCUCAAGGAAGGUUCCAGUUCCGUUUGCAAAGAAUUGGAAGUGCAGUCCUCUAUCCAAUAAACCUCCCCUCCAAACUCCCUUAUAAUCAAUACUAUACCACAGGUACUGAGGGCGCUGCAAAUUCAUCAAAUGCUGGUAUCCAAGUGGUCUUUGAUGAGUUAGGCUACUUGUACGUACGAAAAAGAAAUGAUGAAAGAUUCAAUCUUACACCAGAUGAGAUGGUUCCAGUAACGGGUUAUUAUCACAAAGCAACCCUCAAUUUUGAUGGAGUCUUCACAAUAUCUCUUCAUCCAAAGAAUUCCUCGAGUAAUGAGACCUGGACAGUCAUUACGACCAUACCGAGAAACAUUUGUGCAGAACUCAACGAAGAACCGGGAAGUGGGAUUUGCGGCUUCAACAAUGUCUGCAAACUCAAGGAUGAUCAAAGGCCAACAUGUGAAUGCCCACAAGGUUACUCAUUAGUCGAUCCAGAUGAUAAAUAUGGAAGCUGCAAACCUGAUUUCCUUCAAGGCUGCGAAGUAGAAGGGCAGAGACCUCAGGAAGAUUUAUACACCUUGGUGGAACUUCAAAACACCGACUGGCCACCAUCUGAUUACGAGUUGAUUAAGCCUUGUAGUCAAGAAGACUGCAGAAAGUCUUGUCUGCAGGAUUGUUUUUGUGCUGCGGCUGUGUCAAAAUUUAAUGCUUACUGUUGGAAGAAGAAGUUACCUCUCUCCAAUGGGAGAAAAGAUAUUGCAGUUAGUUCUGUGGCUUUUCUUAAAGUAAGUAAAGCUAAUUCAACAUUGCAGAACACUCUUUGUCGACCUCCAAUUGCCGAGAAUAACCAGGACAGUUCGAUCAUUAUCGUGUCGGUGCUUUUAGGUGGCUCGGUGAUUGUCAUCUUCGUAUUGGCUGGCCUCUUAUGUUCAGCUUCUUUCUUCUAUCACAAGAAGCACGCAGAAAAUCACCAACAAGAAAGUUCCAUGGGAAUAAAUUUGCGGUGUUUAAACUACAAAGAGCUAGAGGAUGCUACAAAUGGAUUCAAUGAAGAACUGGGAAGAGGAUCUUUCGGAAUUGUCUAUAAAGGGAUAAUAGAAACUGGUCCGACAGUCCCUAUUUCCAUUGCAGUCAAGAAGUUAGACAGAUUAGUUGAAGACGGCGACGAGGAAUUCAAAACUGAAGUCAAAGUGAUUGGCCAAACACAUCACAAGAAUCUUGUUCGACUGCUAGGGUAUUGUAAUGAAGGACAGAACAGGUUGCUGGUUUAUGAGUUCUUGAGCAAUGGUACUUUGGCAAGCUUACUCUUUGGAGACUUGAAACCCAGUUGGCACCAGAGGACUCAAAUCGCCUUGGGGACUGGGAAAGGCCUCUUGUACUUGCAUGAAGAAUGCAGCACCCAAAUCAUUCACUGCGACAUAAAGCCACAAAACAUACUUCUUGAUGGCUCCUACAAUGCUCGAAUUUCUGACUUUGGGUUGGCAAAGCUUUUGAUGAUCAAUCAGACACAUACAAAAACCAACAUUAGAGGUACAAGAGGGUAUGUUGCACCUGAAUGGUUCAGGUCUAAACCAAUCACUGUAAAGGUUGACGUGUACAGUUUUGGAGUCAUGCUGCUCGAGAUCAUUUCUUGCCGAAGAAGUGUUGUUAUUGAAACAGGCGAGAAUGAUAGAGAAAUUCUGACAGACUGGGCUUAUGAUUGCUUUCGCAGAGGCACACUUGAUGCUUUAGUUGAUGAUGAUCCAGAGGCCACAAGUGAUAUGAAAAGACUAGAGAAAUAUGUGAUGAUUGCGCUUUGGUGCAUCCAGGAAGACCCCUCUCUGAGGCCUACCAUGAAAAAGGUUAUGCUGAUGCUGGAAGGAAUUGUUCAAGUUGCCAUCCCACCAUGUCCAUGUUCAUUCAGUGGCAUAAUAAGCUGAAAACCAAAUUUUAUCGUUCGGAAAAAAUAUUUUCCAUGGCAGCAGUUUUCUUCGGUAGUUAAUCAAUAAUAAUCGGACAACGUAUUAAUUUGUAAUUUCAA